AUGUUGCACGAGCAACCAAAACAAGAAGAAGAACCCACUCUAAACAGGCCAAGAAGGAAUGAGGAAGUACCCCCCAGGCAACACGAGAAGGCCAACCAGAAAAACCCCAACCAGGGAAUAGUUGGCAGGAAGAAGGAAGUAGCCCCCGGCAGCAUGAGAAAGCCAACCAGAAAAAACCCAAGAAUGAUGGCAAACCGAAAAGAAAGCGAAUGUAGAAAACAAGCUGGAAUGUAA